AUGGGCGACCCUCGGAUUGAUGAGGCCAUUGCCGCUGGCGAUGUUCCCCCGGACGUGCCUAUCCAUUUGCUCAGAGAAUCGCGGGACACAUCGGCCAUUGCGGGCAUUGUCGUCGUCCUCGUCCUGACAACGUUGGUCGUCGUGCUGAGACUCUAUUCGCGCAAGUACAUUACAAAAAAGGGCGCAUUGGGCAUCGACGAUGGAAUAGCACUCGCGUCGCUGGCGCCGGACGAAACUUCCUCUUUGAGUGAUUCCAUUACGCACUUGGUGUAUAGCACGACGCUGGUGCUUUGCCGAGUGUCGGGGCUGGCAUUUUACUACCGCAUUUGCCGCAUGAAUCCAAAGUUUCUCCUAGCUAUUAAAAUCAUCUUUGUGGUUAUAAUACUGGGAUACGUGGCGCAGCUCUGUCUCAUCAUCUUUCAUUGCCAACCUAUAACUUUAUUGUGGGCGCCUUGGAACAAAGACGACAACGCCAAAUAUUAUUGCAUGUAUUGGUAUGAGACAUACUCUAUCAUUUCCAGCAUUUCUCUUUUCUGCGACUUGCUACUUUUUGGCAUUCCGGCUAUAAUGCUCAAGGGCUUGGAGCUGCAACGGAAGCAAAAGCUUCAGCUAGCUUAUACUCUGUUUCCCGGCAUACUCGUGAUUGGCAUCUCUGCCGGGCGGAUUGUUCUAGUCACCAAGUAUGGUUACGAGACGGAUGAGACUUUUGAGUAUGCCUUCCUCAACCUGCUUUGUGUCGAGGUUGCCGAGGUCGGCGCCACAAUUAUUGCCGUGUCAAUCCCGGGAGUCAAGCCGCUGGUGGACAAAUAUAUACUGCUCAAAGACAGGGAUUCGACCUCGAGCAAUUCAAAAUCGAGGGGAACAAGCAUAUCUUCCACGGAGGAAAUAAAACAGCAUCGAGGCCAUGUGGACAUUAUGGAGUUUUCGGAGGAAAAGUUCGGAAGGUGGUCCCGUCGUCAGACUGAGGGGGGAACGGCAUGA